UCCGGUGCGCCGUUCCCGGUUCCGCCAUGGCACGGAGGAGGCGCGUCCCGCCGGGCCGGUGCCCUCCCGCAGUUAAAGCUGGAGGUAUGAGAGUGUCUAAAAAGCAAGAAAAUGGACGUGUUGAAAAAACCGCUAAACCUCCUGGAAAAGAAAAGUCAAGUGCUAUUGUCAGUCUUUCAAAACCUCAGAACAUGGGUGUCUUGGUAGCAGAAGCACUGAGCAAAAUGAGCCACAAAAUUCAUGCAGCAGCAUUACAAGUGGCUCACCAAAAGCCACAGCCUACCUUGGAGAAGUUCAUACUGCCUAAAAGAAUUUACAUUAUUCAACAGCCACGGAAAUGUUAAGAUACUCGUUAAAAUAUUCGUUUACUUCAAAGUGAGUUCCUAUUUUAUAUAGCACUUAGCACACCGUGCUGAAAUGCUCAAAAGCUGUGUGCCUUGUAUCUUGCUAUGUUUCUGUUACUUACAAUAAAACACUAGAAGAAUUACUAAA